UUAGAUUUCGAUAAAAUUACCUUUGAAAUCUAUUUUUUUCAUUACUCCCAUUGACUUGCGCAACUCCAAACCAAAGUCUAGUCUGUCCAGUCUACUUAGAUAGCGUUUCAGGAAGUACUGCGUUGUUGCGCCCCUAGUUUUAACACUCGUGUGUUGAAAAUGACCUCUUGUCGCCUGCUAGCUAGCAUUUUGUUAAGCCCCGGUGUCACUAGCUAGACUGUGCUUGUUCCUAGAAGCAAAAGUGGCUAUCUCCAUGCAAUGGAUCAAACUAAACAGCAAGAAGAGGACUAUGGAUAUAACCUAUUUCCGGAGAGGACUUCGGGAAAGGUUAAAAAAGGAUCGAUUGCACAAAGCUUGUUCACGUUCAAUCACAAAUGUCAGGUCAUGCUCCAAUUCGCAAUAGAAACGAGUCCAUAUGCAAAACUACUCCUUGGAGCCAUGAAAAGCUCAGGCUGUACAGUGAAUAAAGACAGACAUUUCUCCUGUGAAGACUGUGAUGGGACUGUCAGUGGCGGUUUUGACGCAACAUCAUCCCAAAUUGUUUUAUGUCAGAACAAUAUUCACCAGCAGUCCCACAUGAAUCGAGUUGUAACACAUGAACUCAUCCAUGCCUUUGACCACUGCCGGGCUCACGUUGAUUGGUUCAACAACUUCAAACACUUGGCCUGCUCAGAGAUUCGAGCAGCCAAUCUCAGCGGGGAUUGCUCCUUCCAGAAUGAAGUAUCAAGGUUCAACUUUGGCCUCAAGAAGCACCAUCAGGCAUGUGUUCGGGGACGUGCCCUGCGCUCUAUCCUGGCCGUAAGGAAGGUCAGCCCAGAGGAGGCGGAGAAAGUUGUAGACGAGGUUUUUGACACCUGCUUCAAUGACCACGCCCCCUUUGGCCGAAUCCCACAUGACAAGGAGGACGCCAAGUUUGCCUACAGAGAGUUUGAAAGCCGCGGACGGUAUUAUGCAAACCUUUAAUGUGCACAAAUGGAUUAUCCAAUUCAAGAUGAUUUCCUGCUGGUGCGUCUGUGAACAGGAAGCUUGGUAAUAUCCAGAUGACAGGUCCUAUCCUCAGCAGAAUGUGUCCAAAUCGGUAUGCAAUUAUGUUUUGAAGGGAAUAAUUAGACAGUGCUUUCUCUCAAAAUUUAGAUAGAUCAGAAGAUAUGCUGAAUUAUGGUAUGCAUUUGUGAACACUCAUGCUGUAACAAAGGAAUGUGAUGGAGGGGUCCCCUUUUGGAAAUUGAUCUUGUAAGGUUCUUGUAAUUGUUAUCCUAGAGAAGAGGUUCUGAAAUCAUUGUUACUGUGGGGAAUGAUGCCUGUACAACUAAUUUAAAUACAGAGAAGCUGGGGAUAUGUUUCCAUAGGCAACUGACCACCAUUCUCUUGCUGGUGGGUUGCCACUGAGAGUUCGCUGUAAAUAGAUUUGAUUGGUCUAUACUGAAUUAGUUAAUGUGUUGAAAUAAAGAUAUAAUUCUCAUGAA